UGAGCACGGGCUGCAGGCUGCCACAGUCAGCGCUGGGGCUGGCCUGGGCUUGCAGACCUGAGCCCUGUGAACAGCCCCAGUGGCGGUGGCGCGGGCGAGCCGAAGAAAGAGGACCUUUAUGCCUUUUUGGGGGAAGCACACAUUCUACGAGACCGUGGAAACAAAGAGAGGAACUGUUUGUAGCCCUAGUCCAGACGUCCCAAACCAACAGCAAACAGCCCCCUUCUGGAUGACACACCUCGGAAGUUGUUCAGGCCCUUCCGCUCAGAUCGCUCAUUGACCGGAACCGGCACACUUGGCUGCAGACUCUGGCCCCUUUCAAGGACGGCAUGAUAACCUUCACAGUACGCCUGAAGGCCUGCCUUUCCCCUGCCGUUAGGAGCUUGAUUCUACAGACGAAACCCAACAUCAGGCAUGUGUCCGGCAUGGCUGGGGGGCUCCGACCGGCCAGCGUGGUGGUCCUGCACUGGUCCCUGGCUCCAGCCUUUGAAAAGUUCUGCCAAGCCAACAGUGGCCCUCUGCCCCUGCUGGGCCUCCGCAAGCCAGACACAUGGUCGUUGCCUGCCCUGAACGCUGUCCCAGACCCCAGGGCGGGCAGUCCCCAGUUCCAGAAGUACGAGCUCGGGGCCUGCACUGGCAGCCUGACCUCGCUGGAGGAGUACACGGAGCAGCUGGGGGACAUGGUGGCUUUCUUCUUGGACUGCGGCUUCUCCCCAGAAGCAGCCCUGGAGAAGGCGGGGCUCCCCACAGGAGACUCGGUGGGCCACGGUCCCAUGGGGGCCUACAAGACAACAGUGCCUUGUGCCGCCAUGGCUGGCUUUUGCUGCCCCCUGGUGGUCACAAUGAGGCCCGUCCCCAAGGACAAGCUGGAAAGGCUGGUGCGGGCCAGUUGCUCCAUGGGAAACAAGGGACAACCCAUUCAUAUCGGUGACCCAGAAUGGUUGGGAAUCAAAGAUCUUUCCAAACCUGACUAUGGGGAUCCUGUGGCGUGUCAGCCAGGAGACGUCCCAGUGUUCUGGCCUUCUCAGAUGACCAGUCUCGAAGCCGUCAGCAGCUGCAAGACCCCGCUGGCUUUCACCAGCGCACCGGGUUGCACAGUCAUGACCAACCUGAAGGAUACAGAGGCUCCAGCCGCUUGUCUUACCCCUGAGGGAAUUCCAGAGGUCCAUCGCAUUUCCCAAGAUCCUUUGCACUACAGCAUGGCGUCGGCUUCGGCGGUUCGGAAGAUCAGAGAGCUAGAGACCAUCAUUGCCUUAGACCCAGGCCACCGGGGGAUCGGACACCUGCUCUGUAGAGAUGAGCUGCUGCGAGCCUCCUUGUCACUGUCCCAUGCCCGUGCCGUGCUCGUCACCACCGGCUUCCCCACACACUUCAACCACCAGCCCCCAGAAGAGACAGACGGCCCGCCGGGAGCCAUGGCUCUGGCCGCCUUCCUGCAGGCCUUGGGGAAGCCGGUCUCCAUGAUCGUUGACCUGAGAGCCUUGAGUUUGUUCGAGAAGCUUGUGGAAGAGGCUGUUGAGCAAGGUGUUCUGAAGACACAGAUCCCCAUACGAACUUUCCAAGGUGGAUCAGCGGGAGCCGCUCAGGCAUUUCUCUGCAAAGAUGGGGACCCCAAGUCACCGAGAUUCGACCAUCUGGUGGCAAUCGAGCGGGCAGGAAGGGCUGCCGAUGGCAAUUACUACAACGCCAGGAAAAUGAACAUCAAGCACUUGGUUGACCCCAUUGAUGACCUUUUCCUGGCAACACAGAAGAUUCCUGGAAUCUCAUCAACUGGGGUCGGUGAUGGUGGCAAUGAGCUUGGGAUGGGCAAAGUCAAGGAGGCUGUGAAGAGACACAUACGAAAUGGGGAUGUGAUCGCCUGUGACAUCGAGGCUGACUUUGCCGUCAUCACUGGUGUUUCUAACUGGGGAGGCUAUGCCUUGGCCUGUGCGGUAUACAUCCUAAACUCGUGUGAGGUCCACCGACGUUAUCUAAGGAAGGCUGUUGGGCCCUCCAGAGUGCCUGGGGAACAGAACUGGACUCAGGCCCUUCCAUCCGUUGCCAAGGAAGAAAAAAUGUUGGGCAUCCUGGCACGGCACAAAGUUCGGAGUGGGGUCUCGGGCAUCGUGGGCAUGGAGGUGGAUGGGCUGCCCUUCCACGGCACCCAUGCCCAGAUGAUCCAGAAGCUGGUGGAUGUCACCACUGUGCGUGUGUGACUGUGCCUGUGGACCGCAUGCCAGAUGGCCAUGCCUGGACCUCGGGAGGAGUUCCCCGGGGGCCCCCCAGCUUCUUUCCACGACGGCCUUGCAAGUAAACACUGGCCCUGGGUGAGCCCCGCCAGAGACCCUGCAUGACCACUGCCUGGGACGGGGCCAUGCGGAUGAUACAGACCAAGGAGAACAUUUCUUUGGGGUUUCCGGUUUUCUCUUUUCUUCCUACGUGCGAAGAGGCAUUGAUCUCCAUCCUCCUCCCCCUGGUUCCUUCAGGGCCCCCACGUGGUCUGCUCUGAGAGUCUUCUGACCAACCACGUAUGGGGACACCUGCAAAAAUAUUCUUUGCCAGGCAGACACAAGAGUAGGCAUGACCAGGGCCACGGAUAAUCCCCCAGGCUAAUUAAGAAAAAGUAAAAUGUUCAAAUAUGUAGUGUAUAUUUACGAAGCUCUGGGACUUUACCACCACCGCCAAAAUGUUUAUACCUCUGAAAUGCUUUCUUUUUCAAACAACGUUUUAUUUACGUGGGCCUUCAAACCUUAAUGUUUAUUACCAUCAGCUCCUGCCUGCCCCCCACCUCUCUUCAGCCCCACAGGUCCUGACACCCCCCACCCCACAGAGCCUGACACCUCUCCCACUCCCUCCCCAUGUGCUCCACCCCAGCCCGGAGCCAGAGGCUUGGGCCUCCCCACAUAGGAGGGCAGGCACACUCCUGCACCUGGGGAGGGGGGUUCGGGACCAUGCUGGGCUCAGGUGGCUCACAGGAUCGUCUUGCACAACUGCAGUCAGCUCGCCCGCAUCUCCUUCACAAUCUUCCACUGCACAUUUUCCAACAAAAUUAGAAGCAGAGUCACCGACCACAUCCCAUUUCACUCCCGUAUCGAACGAGUGCAGUGUCGUGUGCUGGUUCCCGGCUGAGCGAUGGCUGACUCAUCCAGAUGGGAGAGGCCGGCUUCCCAGCUACGGCCCCACAUGCUUAUUGGGCCUGCUUCAUUUUAUUUCCUUAAACAUGUCUACUUCGGUUCUUUAAGGGCAUUAGUUGUAAAGCAUGGCAUGGAUGCUACUCUAAAUCGUCUAGUCGGCAGAAGUUAAAGCCUCAGUGUAUGGUGAGCAAUCUGGGCUUCACUUCCACUGCUCCCUACACCGGGGCAUGGCGAAACCCCUGGCCAGAAGCAGCUGGGGUGGGGACCGUCCAGACCUACCCAUGUCAUUGUGGCCGGGAGUCUGUGCUUCCGCUGGUGUGGGCUCAGGGCUGACGUGUUCAUUGUGAUGAGCUCACGCUGCCUCCGUCUGCAGCUUUGCACAGCUCACCGGGUCCCUCCCAGCCCCAAGCUGCACGCGCCGGGGAUUCCUCCCCUGACAGUUUUGGUCCCUGAUGUGCGACUGCAGAGCUCCAUGUCAUGUGGGCCUCUGAGAGCAUCCCCUGGCAUUUUUGAAGUCUCGAUGGCGAGGAGAGAGAACACCUCACUUCGGUAAAGCUGCUGUCACUCUUCAGAUUCAUAUUUUGGGGAAAGACACUAAUGGGCCUUUGGUUUUGCAAUAGUAAUAACAGAGUUCUCUUCUGGCGUGGGGCAGUUCAAGGCAGGACUGUGUAAUAGGUUAUCGGCACUGUGGCUAGAAGUUUAUGGGGAGAUGAUGACUCUCUUUGGGAAAGAGGCCAAGACCCGGGUGGAGCCCAGAGAAGGCUGAGAAUGGGGGUCCUCACUCUAGAGUGAGGCACCCAAAGGCCCCCCUGCAGGGAGAAAAGGGCUAAGGUGCAAGAGAGAGCCAGGAGUAGUAGGGUCCAGCCCAGGGACCACUGGAGCUUUGAGCUCCAGGACCCAGUUUUCAUGUGUUUCUGUUCCACAGUAAGAUUCCUGGUCAAGCCUUUAGUAAACUUUUGCUCAAGUUUGUCCUCAUCUUGGCCAUGUUUUGAUAUAGAGCCUGUGUCCACGUCUGGGUGGCACGGUGAGCAGGGCGCCCACCUGGAGGAGCCAGUUACAGUGGGACGAGAGGGUCCUACAGGGAAUGGCAGGUGGCCCAGGGGAAGAGAUGGGCUGGGGCAUCCAGCAGGAUGGAUUCGCGGGGGUGGUGACCAUCUCUGGGCAUUUCCAGGAAUGUUAGGGGGGCUUCUGACAAGCAGGGCCUGGGGUGCUCUUUGGGUCUUCAAGGGCAGGCUGAAGACAUUGGGCACACCAAGGAGCAUGUGCCCCGUAGACCCUGGCAAGCAAGCCAGCUAAUGGGGUCAGGGUUCCUUAGCCCCCUGCUGUCCUCUGGUCAAAUGCUGUCCCGUUGCUCAUCUGGGCAAGACAUUCCUCUGAAUUCAUUUCCUGCCCCUCAUUGCACAGGCCCUGCUGAUGGCCAGCCCUACCUUAGUCCAACCCUCUACAUUCCUUUACUUCCUACCCAUUCCAUGUAGGUUCCACUGCUCCUUAAUGAAGUCUAACUCUCAGAUUCAGAAGACCACUGCUCUAGGCAGGAUGUGGCUUAACAGCAGUUCCCAUAAGCUCAACGUAUGUCAGUGAUGUGAUGUGUUUGCCAGAAAAGCCAAUGUAUCAACAGAAGCACAGUGGGGUAAAUGGUUCUGUUCUCCUCAGUACACAUCAGACAGGCUUAACCUCACUUCAGAUUCAAGCAUCACAUCUGAAGACAUGAGGUUUGUUCAGGUGAGGUACACGAAGGUGAGAGCUUAAAACCUGUUAAGUGGAGGGAGGUGGCUUAAAGAGCUGUCUGUCAGAGACUAGGCUGGACGCUCACUGCUUCUGCUUCCUCUUCCUGUAUACAUAGGAAAACUACCUUUCCCAGCCUCCCUUGCAGUUGGGUUGAACCAUGUGACUGGAAUCUGGCCAAUGGAGUGUGAGUGGUAGGGAUAUCAACUGCUUUCAGACUUGGCCACAAAUGCCCUGAGAGAUUUUCUUUGUGCUGCUUCCCCUACCUGUGUGGCUGGAAGGAAAAGACCCCAAGAUGCUGGAACCUCUUGAUGGAAGGAUCCUGAAUCACUGCUGUCACUUGGAUGAGGACUCACCCGAACUAGCAGCCUCUCAUUGGAUUUUGCAUGAACAGGAGACAAACUUUUCUCGUUUGAAGGCACUGUGAUUUGGGAGGGUAUAUUCGUUAUUUCGGUAUAAUGCAGCUUUGACUAAUACAAACUUGGAAGGUUUAAUACUGAGAACUAGGAUUAGAAAAUUGUCUUUAGAUGCCAGUACCUGAAGGACCAUGUGUCCCAGAGGCACAGUUCGUGUGCUCUAAGGCCAGUGGGGAAAGUGGUUCCACUUUGGCUCAUUAGGAGUUAAGAUCUUCUCCAAACCUGGCAUGACUUACUUUGAUUAGUAGCAAAUUGGUGUCAUUAGUGGUAUUUGCUCAGAAACUGGACCAUGGUUUGGCGGGGGAGGGGAUAUACCUGGGAUAAUUCAAUGGAGAGAAAAUUGGAUAUUGUGACCUCUAUGGUUCAUUCCAGCACUACUAUCUAAUGUCUAAUCUAGCAGUGUCCUGAUAGUUAUUUAAUUAAAGCAGUUGGAAUUGAAA